AUGGUGAAGUCCAUCGAUGGUAUGUACACUCCGUGUCCAAAAGAGCUCAACGAUGACUUUGAUCCUGUAUAUUUUAGCAGUAGCAGUUUUGGGAGCAUUAAAAUUCACUAUAGUGGCUGUCUUUGGGAAAAGCCAUUCCCGUUUUAUGAUGGAGGUGAUUUCAGAAUUUUCGAUCAUGUGGACUUUGAAACUGUUUCGGAUGCAGAUUUAGAUGAGAUGGCCAAGCAGAUUGGGAUUGCCAGAUUUGUCACUUUCUACUCUUUAAGUGAACAGAAUGGCGUUGAGGCGAUUGUCGGUGAUAGGAGAGUUUCCAUUCUCCGCUUUGAUGCUCUAGCUGAUGAAUCCAGAUUAAUCGUCCUUUAUGCGUUGAAUAAAGCGGAUGAAUACUGGUUUGCUCGAAACAAUAAUUCUAUGAUUAAUGAUGAUGAGAUAGAUGCUGACGUAGAUCUCAGUUGCUAUUGUGAUGAAUGUUGA